AUGAUGGAUACUCAAUGCAGCGUCCACCAAAGAUCAAUGGAGAGCAUCACACUCCCAACAGAGACCGAUGAAUCUGCAAGUCUCCACUUUCAAGCACCAAAGGAGGAAGAAGCCACCACUUCUUUAAGACGAGAGUAUACUAAAGAAGUUAGCUUUAACGGCCGAAUCCGAUGCAGGUUCUUUAAAACACACAUCACUGACCCGGAAAAUCUCUGGUACUCCAAGCAAGAGCUCGCGGGCCUGCGCAAACUGGACAAGAGCCUCUGUCGACUGGCAAUGAGUGGGGCUGCCAUAUCUUUCGUUGGAGAUGACGACAGUGAAGAACUCUCCUUCGUUGGCCUAUACACGGAAGCGGAACGCAAGCAACGAAUCGUCUACCCAAAAGAAGCCAAGGCAUGUGUCUUGGCUGAACAGUUGCAACAAGAAAAUGACUAUUACAACGAAUUCUUCAGUCUUUACGGCUUCAAGCGGGACCAAGAAUCCAUUGCGGAAUUUUACUCGAUCUACUCCAUCAGAGCUGCCAAGGUUGCUCAUUUGAAGGGACUGAAGCUUUCCUGGCAUGUCAUGAGCUUGUCAGCAGAGAAAUCCACUAAUAUCGAUGUUACUCAUCGAUCAUGCCGCCAACGCUCCAAGGUUACCUCUGACCGUCGCCCAGUACCGAACUCUUCGAUCCGACCGCCUGUGAGAGGCCUGAUUGCCCGCUUGACGACACCAGCAGCGGCAUAG